GGAGGGAAGGCUUCUGAGGGUCUGGAGCGCCGCCUUCCACAUUCGUGCCCAGAUGCUGCGCUCCCUGUCCCGUGCCGUGCGCCCCUGGAGGCCCCUGCGGGCCCGAGCCCACGCUUCCGACGGGGCGGCCGGGGCCCCCGAGAUCCAAGUGCGCGCCCUGGAGGGCCCUGACCAAGGGAUCACUGAGAUCUUGAUGAACAGACCUGGAGCCCGAAAUGCCCUGGGGAAGAUCUUCGUCAGUGAGCUGCUGGAAGCGCUGGCCCGGCUCCGGGAGGACCGACAGGUGCGUGUCCUGCUCUUCAGAAGCGGCGUGAAGGGUGUGUUCUGUGCAGGUGCCGACCUGAAGGAGCGAGAGCAGAUGAGUGAGGCCGAGGUGAGGGCCUUUGUCCAGCGGCUCCGAGGCCUGAUGAAUAACAUCGCAUCCUUCCCUACGCCCACCAUUGCGGCUCUGGAUGGGUUUGCCUUGGGAGGGGGUCUGGAGCUCGCCCUGGCCUGUGACCUCCGAGUGGCAGCUUCUUCGGCUGUGAUGGGGCUGAUUGAGACCACCCGAGGGCUCCUCCCAGGGGCAGGAGGUACUCAGAGGCUGCCACGCUGCCUGGGAGUGGCGCUGGCAAAGGAGCUCAUCUUCACUGGCCGGCGGCUGAGCGGGGCCCAGGCCCAGGUGCUGGGGCUGGUGAACCACGCUGUGACCCAGAAUGAGGAGGGCGACGCCGCCUACCAGCGGGCUCGAGCACUGGCUCAGGAGAUCCUGCCUCAGGCUCCCAUCGCGGUGCGGCUGGGCAAAGUCGCCAUUGAUCGAGGAAUAGAGGUUGACAUUGCUUCAGGGAUGGCCAUUGAAGAGAUGUGUUAUGCCCAGAAUAUCCCAACUCGGGACCGACUGGAGGGCAUGGCAGCCUUCAGGGAGAAGCGACCCCCCAGAUUUGUUGGCGAAUGACCCUCCAUGCAUUUGUAAGAGUGGGAGAGACCUGCCUUAUGUGGCCGUACCUAGCAGGAACAUUGCAGGGGGGCUGUCCUCAUCAUUUCACCUAUAAACCUGAGGGCUUGUUUCCUGAAAGGCCAAAGAUUACUAUAAAAUGUUUGGCCCGGCUCCUCGUUCUCAAAGGUGUUGCCUGUCCCACUACACUUACCUGCCUGACUUCUCUCGUGGGCCAGACAAUCCCUGGGGCUGGGUUAACUCUAGUGGCAUCUGUCUCCCCGCUGUGGAUGAUGGACUCGGGGGUCACACCAAGCCACUCCUGCACCGGGACCUCCUCUUUUCCGUAAAUGUCACAGAUGAGGGUGGUAAUAAAUUUCCUGUUUUCCUACCACA